UACCUGAGCCUCCAACAGUGCCACAUCCACCGCUAUCGUCAUCACUGGCCGCCAUAUUGGACAAACUGGACUCGCUAGCUGGAGUGAACGAGGCAAGAAGUGGGAGGCAGGUAGCUGGAGAACACAAGUGCUUCGCCGUGGCUUUUAAUGUAACGGCAUUGGUGGCUGUGUUGUUGUCAGUAUAGACGAAACACUCGACUGCACUUCUAUGUGUCGGCAUAACUGAAGAAGUGUAGGAUCUCGGCCACAGAGUCCGAGGGGUAUCGUUUUUCGUUGUUGUUUGGACUUGGUAUUGGUAGACAUGACUUCCUUGACACAGCGGAGCUCCGGCCUAGUGCAGAGGCGGACCGAGGCCUCUCGUAGCGCUGCCACCGACAAGGACAGAGGAUCCGGGGAUGAGGAUUUUGAGCCACGGCGCGGUGACGAACAGGACGACGAAGAGAAGGGAGACUCAAAAGAAACUCGACUCACUCUCAUGGAAGAAGUACUGCUCCUGGGACUGAAAGACCGCGAGGGCUACACCUCCUUCUGGAACGACUGCAUCUCAUCGGGGCUGCGUGGCUGCAUGCUCAUAGAGCUGGCCCUGCGGGGACGCCUGCAGCUGGAAGCAUGCGGCAUGCGACGGAAGAGCCUGCUUGCCAGGAAGGUGAUCUGCAAGUCGGAUGCCCCGACGGGGGAUGUGCUGCUGGACGAAGCCCUGAAACACAUCAAGGAGACCCAACCUCCUGAGACCGUGCAGAGCUGGAUAGAGCUGCUCAGCGGUGAGACGUGGAACCCUCUGAAGCUGCACUACCAGCUGAGGAACGUCCGGGAGCGUCUGGCCAAGAACCUUGUGGAGAAGGGUGUUCUCACCACGGAGAAGCAGAACUUCCUGCUGUUCGACAUGACCACCCACCCGCUCACCAACAACAACAUCAAGCAGCGGCUCAUCAAGAAGGUCCAGGAGUCCGUGCUGGAGAGAUGGGUGAACGACCCUCAGCGCAUGGACAAGCGCCUCCUCUCCCUCAUCUUCCUGGCUCACUCGUCGGACGUGCUGGAGAACGCCUUUGCCCCCCUGCUGGACGAGCAGUACGACCUGGCCAUGAAGAGGGUGAGGCAGCUUCUGGACCUGGAGCCGGAGGGGGAGGGCGCCAAGCCCAACGCCAACGAGCUGCUCUGGGCCGUGGUGGCCGCCUUCACCAAAUGAGGCCGCCGGCUUCCUGGCAACAACGUCUUGGGUUUGUGAUGGGGAGGAGGGGGUGGGUGACAGGAAAUGGAGAUGUUGGGGUGGGGGCAGAGAGAGUGCUGGCCCGCUAUGUAGGAACCAGACUGACUCGCCUCCUACCUGGGCUUCAGGAACGGGCCGCCCCACCCUUCUCACCCUCCCCUCCUUUUUGUUCCUCUUCUUUCUUUAACUGUAGAUAACUAUCCUCCCACCCUUCUCCUUCAUGCUCCUCUUUCUGCAAGAUGUGUCAUUUAAUCGCUCACUUUUUCAAAAGAAAAUGAACCGGAGAAAAACUAAAAUAAAACUCUGAACUUUGAGUUUGAGUACUGGGUAAUGUUACGGACAGCUGACUUGGCUGAAUCAGAGGCCUCCAUUCAUGUUCUCCGUGUCCCUGAACACACAUUUAUAUAUAUAUAAAUAUAUAAAUCCUAAAGUAUAUUAAUCCAACAAUUCUGUUCUUCUGUGUACAUGCACAUUUCAUGUACAAACAUAGCUGCAGUAUAUGAAUGGAAAAUACUCCUGACAAGUCUUGAAGUUGAUUUACUCUGUCAGACAUGACACGAUCGGAAGUCUUUGUCGUUUUCACCUUUCGUUUCUAAAAGCUGCUCGUCAGACCGGGGUCACAGGUGUGUUCCUCCCUUCCUGUCCAGGCGGAGCCUUCUGACAGGUGUGUUCAUCCAUGUCCAGGCGGAGGAACCUUCCACGGUCAGGCCCUCUACAGCGAGGGUGCACCCCUGGCUUGGUCUCAAGAAAAACAAUAUACAUGUGGGUUUAGAGAGGGUAUUUCUAGCAGGGAUUCAACUGUUUUAAAGGAAAAAUCUAUAUUAGAGUGAUCUUUAACCCCUCUGCAGUUUUGACAUCUCCAUGUGCCCCUGUUAAUUUGGUAAUAUAAAGGCACCAUCUGCACAGUUUUCCAUUUAUAAAUGUGAUUUUUCACUGUGUGCAAGAAUUGUGUCUUGCGCUUUGCUUUCUCAUAAUGCUUUCAAAAAUCUAUAAUCAGUUUAUUUUUUUAACUUUAAAAUAAUCAAGACAUUUGAAAAUAAUUCAAUAAAAUCCAGAGAAUGUGGUAGUUUGUGUGCAUACCAAGGUCUGAAUAAAACAAUCAAAGAAUGGGGGUUCACAUUCCAGUUCUUUCUAUAUAAAGACUCGCACAACCCUUCUCUGACUGGUUUGGUUAGCUUGGACUCUUGAGCGCAAUGUCUGCAUUUAUAUAUUUUCUCUGGAGCGGGUGUUGAUCUGGACAUUUGGGGGUUGGUCUACCGGUGCAAGCCAGCCGUUAUUUCUCCCCCCCCCCCCCCCCCUCACGUCUCCUGGAAUUUGUGAGUGUGUGCAAAUGACAAGAAAGCCUUUUGACCAAUCACCAUAUCUUGCUCUUAUUUUUACGUUGCAUGAUUUUGAAACGUUCUUGUUUGGUUUUCUUUUCUCAGAUGCUUAUUUGUAUUCAUUUAAAAUGCAAUAACUUUUUGUUACUACAUUCUUUUUGCUUUUUGUUGUUUUCAAAUCCGUGUAUCUUGGUAAUGGCAUUGCUUUAUAGAAGCUACCUUCAUGUAAUUAUGUAGCGAAGACGGCGUCGGAUCAGCAGUGUUUCUGGGCAGUGAUGCAGAAGUUAAACGCACGUCAGACUGCUGCUCAGUAACGAGGAGCGACUUAGAAAAUGGGCUGAAUCUGUAGAUUUCAUAAUAAAGGGACCUCUAAUCUGUAUACUUUAUUUGACCAUAAAAUAAACUAAGAUCUUGGAAGUGCCUGAAUAACA